AUGGGCUACAAUGUGAAGCGAGUGUUGGUGGAUCAAGGUAGCUCGGCGGACAUCAUGUUCUGGGAAGCUUUUAUCGGGAUGAAAAUUCCGACUGACCGUCUUAUGCCCUAUGUAGGUACGUUAGUUGGUUUUGCAGGUGAUCAGGUAACGGCUAGGGGGUACGGCGACUUGGAGACUAUUUUCGGUCGGGGAGACCACAUGAAGACUAUCAUUGUCCGAUACCUGGUGGUGAACGCCCAAUCAUCCUACAGCAUACUGGUCGGCCGUCCUACACAGAACAGGUUGGGAGCGGUCGUGUCCACACCCCACUUGAAGUUGAAGUAUCCUUUGCCCAACGGAAAGGUUGGGGUCCUCUGUGUCGAUCAAGAAGUCGCGAGAAAAUGCUAUGAGGACAGUUUGAGGGCUAGGAGACACCUAUAUGUAACGCAAGUCGAUCGGGGAAUCCAGUCAAUCGAGUUAGAUCCGAGGAUAACUCAUUUCGACUCCCGACCAGUCCCCGUGGAGGACGUGAAGGAAGUUACCUUAGCCGAAGGGAAAAUAGUCAAAAUGGGUGUAUCUUUGGCCAAAGAAGACGAGGAGGGGCUGCUCACUAUGUUGAAAAACAACGUGUCGGCCUUUGCGUGGAGUACCGGCGACAUGCUAGGUAUUGACCCCGACUUCCUAUGUCACCAUCUCAUGGUGGACCCCAAGGCGAAGCCGGUGACCCAAAAAAGGCGAAAGUUCGGCGAGGACAAAAGGAAAGCUAUAGCGGAGGAGACGAGGAAGCUGUUGUCGGCUGGACACAUUCGGGAAAUCCAAUACCCGACGUGGCUAGCGAAUGUGGUAAUGGUACGAAAGAGCAAUGGAAACUGGAGGAUGUGCACCGACUUCACGGAUUUGAACAAAGCCUGUCCAAAAGAUUCGUACCCGCUGCUUAACAUCGAUUGCCUAGUCGACAACGCAUCAGGCUAUGAACUGUUGAGCUUCAUGGACGCGUAUUCGGGGUACAAUCAGAUCAGGAUGCAUCAUGCCGAUGAAGACAAAACUGCUUUCAUAGCCGAUCAGGCCACCUACUAUUAUAAGGUCAUGGCUUUCGGUUUAAAAAAUGCAGGGGCGACGUACCAGAGGCUCAUGGACAAGGUGUUGGCAGAUCAGUGA